AUGGAACAAGAAAAUGGCACUGAAGUAACUGAAUUCAUUCUCCUGGGAUUUGCUGGUCAACAUAAGUUUUGGCAUAUACUCUUCAUAGCAUUUUUAGUAAUCUAUGUGGUCACCAUAGUGGGUAACAUUGGGAUGAUCCUACUCAUCAAGAUUGAUUCUUCCCUGCACAUCCUUAUGUACUUUUUCUUCCAACAUUUGGCUUUUGUUGAUCUCUGUUAUACCUCUGCUAUCACUCCCAAGAUGCUGCAAAACUUCAUGGGGACAGAAAUAUCCAUCUCAUUCAUAGGAUGUCUGCUACAAUUACUCAUCUAUGGUUGUUUUAUAGCCAGUGAUGGCUACAUCCUGGCUGCGAUGGCAGUGGACCGCUAUGUGGCCAUCUGUAACCCACUCCACUAUCCAGUAGUCACGUCCUGGAGAGUCUGCAUACAACUGUUAGUUGGUUCAUACCUCAUGGCUUUCCUAAAUGGCUCUGUGGACACAAGGUUUACUUUUUCAGUGAACUUUUGCAAAUCCAAUGAAAUUAAUCACUUUUUCUGUGAUGUACCCCCAAUUCUGGCCCUUUCUUGCUCCAAUAUUGAUUUCAGCCUCCUGCUACUGACAGUCUUUGUGGGGAUUAAUUUGAUGUUCACUAUGUUGAUUGUCAUCUUUUCCUACAUUUAUAUCCUGGCUGCCAUUUUGAAGAUGUCUUCUACUACUGGAAGGAAAAAAGCCUUCUCCACAUGGGCGUCCCACUUGACAGUGGUCACCAUUUUCUAUGGAACCCUUUCUGGCAUGUAUUUGCACCAAGGUACCAAUGGUUUUCAAGAGCAGGAAAAAGCAGCUUCUAUAUUUUAUGGAACCAUGAUCCUGAUGAUAAACCCCCAGAUUACAGCCUUGGAAACCAAGAUGUGA